CUCCCCUGCUGAGCCCUGGGGCAGAGAGAAGCGUGGGGUUGGCAUGGGGCAAUGUUUGCGGCAUCAGAUGCACUGGGAGGACUUGGAAGAAUACCAGGCCCUGACCUUCCUGACCAGAAAUGAGAUCCUGUGCAUCCAUGACACCUUCCUGAAGCUCUGUCCCCCUGGGAAGUACUACAAGGAGGCAACACUGACCACAGACCAGGUCAGCUCCCUACCAGCCCUGAGGGUCAACCCUUUCAGAGACCGAAUCUGCAAAGUGUUCUCCCACAACGAUAUGUUCUCCUUUGAGGAUGUGCUGGGCAUGGCAUCUGUGUUCAGUGAGCAGGCCUGUCCCAGCCUGAAGAUCGAGUAUGCCUUUCGCAUCUAUGACUUUAAUGAGAAUGGCUUCAUCGACGAGGAGGACCUGCAGAGGAUUGUCUUCCGACUGCUCAACAGCGACGACGUGUCCGAGGACCUGCUGGCUGACCUCACGAGCCACGUCCUGAAUGAGUCAGAUCUGGACAACGACAACAUGCUAUCUUUCUCGGAGUUUGAACAUGCGAUGGCCAAGUCUCCAGACUUCAUGAACUCCUUUCGGAUUCACUUCUGGGGAUUUUGAUGUGGCCGUACCUGAUCUGGCGGCCUCAAGGACCACCACUGGAACUUGGAAUUCAGUCCCCUCCAGGCACUGGGGAACUCUGGUCAGAAGUAUGACUUGGUCCCCAUCGUCCCCUCACUUCUAGACCAUUGUUUAUUCAA